GGACAAGUAGUGCUUCAAAUUCAAUUGCAGAAGGCAGGCGCGUCCAUGUACUGCAGCAGAAGAAAGAUCAAAAGCAGGCUUCUUCUCUCCAAGCAGCGUCAAGGCAGAUGAGCUACUUGGGCCCUAUGUAUCUUGAACCAGCAAGCGCGGAAAACGUUAAAGCGACAGGAGAUAGGGAAAAUCAUGGAGGAGCGCCGAGUAGAAAAGAAAGUGCAGAGGAAGGCGGAGAAGAAAAAAGCCGUAGUGAAUGAUGAGGGCGAUCAGUCUCCUGC